GCCCCGCAGGAAAGCCAGAGUAUUGCGCCUGCGUGCUGUCCAGAAGGCGCUUGAACUCGGAGGCUUCCGUAGCGGGAGGGCGAAAGAUGGCGGCGGCAGUACUGGGACAGUUGGGUGCGUUAUGGAUACAUAACCUGAGGAGCCGGGGGAAGCUGGCCUGGGGGCUUCUUUCAUUUCACAGUGUUUUACCUCAAUCAUAUGUCCACACAAGUGCUUCUCUUGACAUUUCUCGAAAAUGGGAGAAGAAGAAUAAAAUUGUUUAUCCUCCACAACUGCCUGGAGAACCUCGGAGACCAGCAGAAAUCUACCACUGUCGAAGACAAAUAAAAUAUAGCAAAGACAAGAUGUGGUAUUUGGCAAAAUUGAUACGAGGAAUGUCUAUUGACCAGGCUUUGGCUCAGUUGGAAUUCAAUGACAAAAAAGGGGCCAAAAUAAUUAAAGAGGUUCUCUUAGAAGCACAAGAUAUGGCAGUGAGAGACCAUAACGUGGAAUUCAGGUCCAAUUUAUAUAUAGCUGAGUCCACCUCAGGACGAGGCCAGUACCUGAAACGCAUCCGCUACCAUGGCAGAGGUCGCUUUGGGAUCAUGGAGAAGGUUUAUUGCCAUUAUUUUGUGAAGUUGGUGGAAGGGCCCCCACCUCCACCUGAGCCACCAAAGAUGGCAGUUGCCCAUGCCAAAGAGUAUAUUCAGCAGCUUCGCAGCCGGACCAUCAUUCACACUCUAUGAUGAGGAGAUUCAGACUCCACGGUGUAUAUAUUUUGCCAUUUAUUUUCUAAAAAUAAACAAAAAUUGAAGACAAA